AUCCCCUAGAUUGCUACUGUUGGUGAUAUGUACUGCAUGCGAUUGCGUGCUCGAUUUCCGAAAUGUCGAUCCCUUUCAAUGGAACUCGUACACGUUCAAAAGGAAUAAUAAGUGCAAUAGCAAAGCAUUUGAGAACUUUAUCUUUAAAACCAGUUAAAUCAAUUGAUAUAAAAUUCGAUCCCUUUCAUGAUAAAGCCUUGGAAGCAAGAGAUUUUCUGUUUCACAUUACAACUCCAAAGAUUAUUGCAACAAAUCCACGUUGCAUUGUAAAACCAUGCAUUGUUUCUGAUUUAUCUGAACCCGUAAUUACGUUUAAUUUGUUAUCUGGUGAUAAAAUAGUAUGCAAAUGUGCAAACUUGACAUCUUUAAAUCUUUUGGAACUUUACAACAAACACAUCACAUCUUUGUCUCCGUCUGAAGAUUAAAUUAAAAAGAAGUGAUUUUUUUUUGUAAUAAUAUAAUUUGGUUAUUUAUUUU